GGUGGAGGAUGCAGCGUCUGCAGAAGAGUUUUUGCAGCUUUUGAAACCAGCGAAGCUUCGUCACCGUCGUUUUCUGACGUUUCACUGAGAUGAAGUUUCUUCUGCACUUUGAUGAACUCAUGACAGAAUCUGUUCAUUGAUGAAGUUUCACACUCAUCAGCUUCAUCAGACUCAUGUUCUCAGCUGGUGGUCGCUGACAUCACAGCCUCUGGCGGGAAAUGAAAUGAGGUGAUUGGAGGAGAGGAGGAGAGGAGGAGGAGGAGGAGAGAAGAAGAGAAGAAGAGAAGAAGGUCGAGCGUGAAGAGAAACUUCAGACAUGUCUGACGUUUGGUGACAGUAACGUCUCGUGGACAACGUCUCUGCUGCCGUCGUCCGUACUCAGAAUCAUGACUCCCUCCUGGUUCCUCGUGGUUCUGUCGGCUGCGCUGUCCGUCUGCUUCGUGGUUCUGACGCUCGCCUGUGUGAACUGCUGGAGACGACGUCCACUGGUGUCCAUCAGACAAACCCACGCCUCCGAGGACUACAUGCCAUCCACUGAGUUCCGAGUCCGAGUCAUCCACCCAAUGCAGCCGAGCAGCGACCUGAACUCCAUCCGCUCCGCCCCUCACCUGCUGUCGCCACCCAGAGUCCUCUCAUCUUCAGAUGGAACUCAGCGGAGUCACAGAUCCUUCAAUACAGAAACUGGAAGUAACCCAAGUUAUGAGAAUCCAGAAGACGGACCUGAUUAUGUGAACCCUGAUCCUAACCUUCCUGACAGUGAUGUAGAAGAUCCAGGCUACAUCAUUGUGAUCCCCGGCGGUGAAGCUCUCGCUUCGUCCAAUCAGAGCCGAGCCUCGACCCCCAGUUCAGAUGUUCGACACGAUUACGUGAACCUCGGAGAAGAAGAACAAGAACAAGACGAGGAACAAGAGGAGGAACCAGAAGAAGAACAAGAUUACCUGAAUGUGGAUCCUCAGCUCUCGCAGAAAGCAGCAGCAGAGUCGUCGGUUCACAGCGACACCGACACCGACGAUGAUGUUGAAGGAAACUACGUCAAUCAGCCUCCGGUCAGUUUGAUCCCUGGUGUUUCUCUUCCUGAGGAAGCAGCUGUUCACUUUCUCUUCUUCCUUCCAGAUUCAUUCACCUCAGAGCCUGAUGGGACGCAGACUGAUGGACAGAAACCAGUGAUCCCACACCAGUGAUCCCACACCAGUGAUCCCACACCAGUGAUCGGCCUCUGACCACAGUGAGAUUCUCAAACCACCACGUUGCCUCCAUGAUGUUUAAACCACUGACAACAGAACCUGUGGAUGAAAAACGACUCGACUGGAAAAGUGAAACCAAAGUCAAAGUCGAUGUUUUUUGUUUGUUAGCGUUAUUUGAUAUAAAAACUGAUUUUAGGUUUCAACAUUUCUUCCUUUUCUUCUAUUCAACUUUUAGUUUGUUAUUUUCUUCUCCACUAAGGGAAACUUCUGUACGACUUCCAUCAGCGAAGGAGAAGGUACCUGCUCCUUCAUCUCGUGUUUUCUUGAACUGAUUCAUUGUCCCUCCGGUGUCCGUCUGACGUCACCGGAGGUUUAGAGGAACUGACGUGUUUCACUGACUUUACUGACAAAUCCUGAGAAUGUCUUAAUAUCCAAAUGAUUUUUCAUACGUGUAUUUAUGUUGUAACCAUGUUGUCUGUGGAUAUGAAAUUCAACUGUGACACACAAAUGUAACUACAAGUCAAUUAAACCUUAAACCAAA